UUAAGAAUGAAAUUCUGCUAAUUGCAAAACUUCAGCACAGGAAUCUUGUAAGGAUGUUGGGAUGUUGCAUUGAGGGUGAAGAGAAAAUAUUAGUCUAUGAGUUCUUACCAAAUAAAAGCCUAGACUCUAUCAUUUUCGAUGAAUAAAAAAGUUCACUCUUGGAUUGGAAAAAGCGUUUCGAAAUCAUAUGCGGUAUUGCUCGAGGAAUGUUGUAUCUUCACCAAGAUUCCAGGUUAAGAAUCAUCCAUAGAGAUCUGAAAGCGAGCAAUGUCUUAUUGGAUGCAACAAUGAAUCCCAAAAUUUCAGAUUUUGGGAUGGCCAGAAUAUUUGGAGAAGGUCAAACAGAAGGCGACACUAAACGUGUGGUGGGAACAUACGGUUACAUGUCGCCAGAGUAUGCAAUGGAAGGACACUUCUCGAUCAAAUCCGAUGUUUACAGCUUCGGUGUCCUGCUGUUGGAGAUAAUCACUGGAAAAAAAAUUAGCAGUCCUUUUCCUGGUAGUCCGUCUUUGAAUCUGGUGGGACAUGUUUGGGAGCUGUGGAAACAAGACAGAGCCAUGGAAGUUGUGGACUCUGCAAUCGGUGAUUCAUAUUCUGCAGAUGAAAUUUUGAAUUGCAUCCAAAUUGGGCUGUUGUGCGUCCAAGAACAUGCAACACAGAGACCAGCGAUGGCUACAGUUGUUUCUAUGUUGAGUAACGAAGCAACUCUCCCGUCGCCGGAACAACCUGCAUUUAUAGAGAAGAAAAGUCAUGAAGAAACCUACUCUGUAAAUGUUGUGUCGAUCACUAUGAUUGAAGCUCGCUAGACAUACAAUAUGUCCUUCAUAUCGGAACUUCAACAAUCGUUAUUUCUGUUUCA